AUAUUUAAAGUUAUGAGACAAUCCAUAUUGAUAAAAACAAACUAUAAAUCGUAAUCUGAGGCAUUAAUACAAAUCUAAAGUGUGAAAUAUGAGCAUAUUAAAUAAUAAAAAUCUGCAAGAGCUUUGUAGGACUUGUUUGAGUAGCCUUAAUUCUCAAAUAACAGAGAAGAAAAUUAGCUAUAAUGUUUACGUUGUACCCAACCUAAGCAAAUUAUUAAUAUUAUUUACAUCAGUUGACUUGAAUAACGAGAAUGAAGAUUACCCGAAUAGUCUUUGCCAGCUAUGUUACGAUAAACUAUUAGAUUUCCAGUCUUUUCGGGAUUUAGCAUUGAAAUCAGCGGAGUUGCUCUAUGGCUUUUUAAAAGAAACUUCUAAAUGUGACUCACUAUUUGAAAGAGAACCGAGUAAAACAAAUCAGAAAAAUGAUAAAUCUGAAAAGAAGUCUAUAAAAAUGGACCAUGAUAAUUAUGAUAAUCAAUUACUGCUUCCUGAAUUGCUCAUCAAAUCCGAGCCAAUUGAUGAGGAGCUGCAACUAAGUGAUUCCAGAAAUGUCUCCGGAAUUUAUGAUUCAUUCGUUGAGAAUUAUAAAACAAAAAUGGAAAUUAAUAAUGUACCUGAAAAUAAUGGUUUCGAUACCACAUAUGAUUCUAUCGUACAUUUCAACAAAGAUGAAGUACAAAACUGCAAAUUAGAUGUAAAUGUUUUAGGUAAUAAUAUUCCAACCAAUGAAUAUAGCGUCGAAAACUAUAAAAUUAAAUCUGAAAUUGAUUCAGAAUAUGAAGAGGAUAUCACUUUUUAUGAAAAUAACGCACUGGGUACUUCGUAUGAUUCAAUCGGUGAUGACGCAGAUGACGAAGAACAUGCUCUUCGUAAUGGAGAUGCAAAUUCCUCUAGUAUUUUGUUGAAUGCAUCUUCAUCACCAAAUAAAUAUAACACAUCUCGCAAACGUGACCGAAAUAAAAAAUCGUUAAAAUGUCCAAGAUGUGAUAAGCAAGUUUACAAACAGGUAUAUCUAGAUGCACACAUACGCGGUGUACAUGAAGGUCAUGAAAAACCAUUCUUGUGUUCAGAGUGCCAAAAAGCCUUUACGCGUUAUAAUCAAUUGCAUAUACAUAUUCAGUCGAAUCAUAUACUGCAACAAAAAUUCAUAUGUGGAUUUGAUGGUUGUGAAGCUACAUUUAAAAUGAUUACCACUUUGGAAACUCAUAAAAAAGUUGUCCAUCUACCCGAUGCACCUUCUUUGGAAGAUAGUCUGCAAGAGGUUCUAGAAAUGCAUCAAGCACAAUUAAACAAAGAAAUUGAAAUGGAUCACAUAUGUAAAGAAUGUUUCAGAAAAUAUAGUUCGAAACGGGCACUUACGCAGCAUUUAAAACGGCAUGCUCAAAUAAAGGAACAUAUAUGUAAAGUAUGUGGUGUUGCCAAAGUUACUAGGACUGAACUACAAACUCAUAUGCGUACUCAUGAACCGAACUUGGAAAAAUUUAAAUGUACUAUUUGUCCGCAAGAAUUUAAUCACAAAAAUGCGAUUUCGCGUCAUGUUCGCGUUGUGCACGAAGGUCAGCGCAGGUUUCAAUGUGGCUUCUGUUCGAAAAGGUUUGGAACUCGUCGAUCACAAAUUUGUCAUGAACGUCUUCACACGGGUGAAAAACCUUACAUUUGUGAUUUAUGCAGUAAGUGUUUUGCUCAAAUGGAAGGAUUAAAAUCACAUAUGAAAAAUCAUGAUAAAAAUCUACGAAAACAUGUUUGCUCCUUUUGCUCACAACGUUUUAUUACUCGACAAAAUCUUUUCGACCAUGAAAAUCGUCAUCGAGGUGAUAAACCACACAUUUGCAAUAUAUGUAGUAAGGGUUUUUAUAAGAGCGAUGAUUUAUUUUUGCAUCGAAAUCUACAUUCAACUGAUGAUAACACACCAAAUAUCGAUAUUGAUGUCGUAGACAAUAAUCUAAAUCAAAGUAAUAUGUUUCAUAAUGAAAGUUCACAAGAUAGUGAAAUCCAAAGCGAAGAGGAAUCAUUAAAAGAAAGAAACGCGAAAAACGAUAACGAACAUAUAGAAACCGAGUAUGAUAGAAAAUUUGUUAAAAAUCAAAAUCAGUUUUCCUACCAAAGAACAGUAAACAACUCAGAAAUGAAGAAUCGCUGUAAUCUAAAUAUGAGCAUAUUAAAUAAUAAAAAUCUGCAAGAGCUUUGUAGGACUUGUUUGAGUAGCCUUGAUUCUCAAAUAACAGAGGAGAAAAUUAGCUAUAAUGUUUACGUUGUACCCAACCUAAGCAAAUUGUUAAUAUUAUUUACAUCAGUUGACGUGAAUAACGAGAAUGAAGAAUACCCGAAUAGUCUUUGCCAGCUAUGUUACGAUAAACUAUUAGAUUUCCAGUCUUUUCGGGAUUUAGCAUUGAAAUCAGCGGAGUUGCUCUAUGGCUUUUUAAAAGAAACUUCUAAAUGUGACUCACUAUUUGAAAGAGAACCGAGUAAAACAAAUCAGAAAAAUGAUAAAUCUGAAAAGAAGUCUAUAAAAAUGGACCAUGAUAAUUAUGAUAAUCAAUUACUGCUUCCUGAAUUGCUCAUCAAAUCCGAGCCAAUUGAUGAGGAGCUGCAACUAAGUGAUUCCAGAAAUGUCUCCGGAAUUUAUGAUUCAUUCGUUGAGAAUUAUAAAACAAAAAUGGAAAUUAAUAAUGUACCUGAAAAUAAUGGUUUCGAUACCACAUAUGAUUCUAUCGUACAUUUCAACAAAGAUGAAGUACAAAACUGCAAAUUAGAUGUAAAUGUUUUAGGUAAUAAUAUUCCAACCAAUGAAUAUAGCGUCGAAAACUAUAAAAUUAAAUCUGAAAUUGAUUCAGAAUAUGAAGAGGAUAUCACUUUUUAUGAAAAUAACGCACUGGGUACUUCGUAUGAUUCAAUCGGUGAUGACGCAGAUGACGAAGAACAUGCUCUUCGUAAUGGAGAUGCAAAUUCCUCUAGUAUUUUGUUGAAUGCAUCUUCAUCACCAAAUAAAUAUAACACAUCUCGCAAACGUGACCGAAAUAAAAAAUCGUUAAAAUGUCCAAGAUGUGAUAAGCAAGUUUACAAACAGGUAUAUCUAGAUGCACACAUACGCGGUGUACAUGAAGGUCAUGAAAAACCAUUCUUGUGUUCAGAGUGCCAAAAAGCCUUUACGCGUUAUAAUCAAUUGCAUAUACAUAUUCAGUCGAAUCAUAUACUGCAACAAAAAUUCAUAUGUGGAUUUGAUGGUUGUGAAGCUACAUUUAAAAUGAUUACCACUUUGGAAACUCAUAAAAAAGUUGUCCAUCUACCCGAUGCACCUUCUUUGGAAGAUAGUCUGCAAGAGGUUCUAGAAAUGCAUCAAGCACAAUUAAACAAAGAAAUUGAAAUGGAUCACAUAUGUAAAGAAUGUUUCAGAAAAUAUAGUUCGAAACGGGCACUUACGCAGCAUUUAAAACGGCAUGCUCAAAUAAAGGAACAUAUAUGUAAAGUAUGUGGUGUUGCCAAAGUUACUAGGACUGAACUACAAACUCAUAUGCGUACUCAUGAACCGAACUUGGAAAAAUUUAAAUGUACUAUUUGUCCGCAAGAAUUUAAUCACAAAAAUGCGAUUUCGCGUCAUGUUCGCGUUGUGCACGAAGGUCAGCGCAGGUUUCAAUGUGGCUUCUGUUCGAAAAGGUUUGGAACUCGUCGAUCACAAAUUUGUCAUGAACGUCUUCACACGGGUGAAAAACCUUACAUUUGUGAUUUAUGCAGUAAGUGUUUUGCUCAAAUGGAAGGAUUAAAAUCACAUAUGAAAAAUCAUGAUAAAAAUCUACGAAAACAUGUUUGCUCCUUUUGCUCACAACGUUUUAUUACUCGACAAAAUCUUUUCGACCAUGAAAAUCGUCAUCGAGGUGAUAAACCACACAUUUGCAAUAUAUGUAGUAAGGGUUUUUAUAAGAGCGAUGAUUUAUUUUUGCAUCGAAAUCUACAUUCAACUGAUGAUAACACACCAAAUAUCGAUAUUGAUGUCGUAGACAAUAAUCUAAAUCAAAGUAAUAUGUUUCAUAAUGAAAGUUCACAAGAUAGUGAAAUCCAAAGCGAAGAGGAAUCAUUAAAAGAAAGAAACGCGAAAAACGAUAACGAACAUAUAGAAACUGAGUAUGAUAGAAAAUUUGUUAAAAAUCAAAAUCAAUUUUCCUACCAAAGAACAAUAAACAACGAUGCAACUCAGAAAUGAAGAAUCGCUGUAAUCUGGUGACAAAAUGAGCAUUAUAGUCAUGAAAGCUCAUUGAGCUGUUAUAAGUUUAAAAAAAUAUUUUAUAUAUGUUGCAUUUACAUCAGUCUGACUGAUGUAGUCUAACCGUUUUUUAGACAGAUUGUUAAAUUAAAUUUGUGUAAUAAAAGUUGAAAUUUUAAAAGA